CGGCUUCCAGCAGAGUUGUUUUGUUCCUCAGGAAUUGCAACCUGUACCAACAUCAGCCAUGGAAGAGUUGAUAGUUGAGCUGCGCCUGUUUCUUGAACUUCUGGACCAUGAAUAUCUAACUUCCACUGUCAGGGAGAAGAAGGCAGUAAUAACUAACAUUCUCCUGAGGAUACAGUCAUCAAAAGGUUUAGAAAUAAAAGAACAUGUCCAGAAGCAAGAAGUCACCAACAGUUUGCCGGCGCCUCCUCAAAUGCCUCUGCCAGAAAUACCUCAGCAGUGGCUGCCACCAGAUAAUGGGCCUCCACCACUGCCAACAUCUUCCCUUCCUGAAGGCUAUUACGAAGAGGCAGUGCCACUUAGUCCUGGGAAGGCUCCUGAGUACAUCACUUCCAAUUAUGACUCAGAUGCUAUGAGCAGCUCUUACGAAUCCUACGAUGAAGAAGAGGAGGAUGGAAAGGGGAAGAAAAUGAGACAUCAGUGGCCUUCUGAGGAAGCCUCUAUGGAUCUGGUGAAGGAUGCCAAAAUCUGUGCCUUCCUGCUUAGAAAAAAACGAUUUGGGCAAUGGACCAAACUACUGUGUGUUAUCAAAGAAAACAAACUACUGUGUUACAAAAGCUCCAAGGACCAGCAGCCCCAGAUGGAGCUGCUCCUGAAUGACUGCAGUAUCACCUACAUUCCCAAAGACAGCAAAAAGAAGAAGCAUGAGCUGAAAAUCUCUCACCAAGGAGCAGAUGCCCUGGUUCUGGCAGUGCAGAGCAAAGAGCAGGCAGAACAGUGGCUAAAGGUUAUAAAAGAUGUGUGCAGCAACUGUACAGGAGCUGUAGACUCUGAUGGGCCGUUGUCUAGUUCUCCAGUACACAAAGUGGAGCUGGAAAAGAAGUUGUCAUUUGAGAGGCCCAGCUCAGAUGGGGAAGGUGCUGUGGAAAAUGGUAUCACUACUGUGUGCAAUGGUAAAGAACAAGUAAAGAGGAAAAAAAGUUCGAAAACAGAAGCCAAGGGCACGGUGACUAAAGUAACAGGGAAAAAAAUAACGAAGAUCAUUGGUUUAGGAAAGAAAAAGCCAUCAACAGAUGAACAGACCUCAUCAGCUGAAGAAGAUGUUCCAACAUGUGGAUAUCUCAACGUGCUCUCUAAUAACCGUUGGCGUGAGCGCUGGUGCAGAGUGAAAGACAAUAAACUCAUUUUCCACAAGGACAGGACUGAUCUGAAGACACACAUUGUUUCUAUCCCACUCCGUGGCUGUGAAGUCAUCCUGGGGCUGGAUUCGAAGCAUCCCCUGACCUUCCGCCUGCUCCGCAACGGGCAGGAGGUCGCUGUGCUUGAGGCCUCCUCCUCCGAAGACAUGGGCAGAUGGAUAGGAAUUUUGCUGGCAGAAACAGGAUCUUCAACAGACCCUGGAGCUCUGCACUACGACUACAUCGACGUGGAAAUGACGGCAAGCGUCAUCCAGGCUGCAAAACAGACCUUCUGUUUCAUGAACAGGCGGGUUAUAUCUACCAAUCCGUACCGGGGAAGCGCUGCCAAUGGCUACGCCUGUCCGAGUGGAAUGGCACUUCAUUACGAUGAUGUUCCCUGCAUAAAUGGAUCGUGGGAACCAGAAGAUGGCUUUCCUUCUUCUCGUAGCAGGAACAUUGGAGAAGAAAUGCUUUAUGAUAACGCAGGCCUGUACGAUAACUUGCCGUCUCCAAAAAUCUUUGCGCGCUAUCCGCCAGCUGACAGGAAAGCCAAUAGGUUAUCUACUGACAAACUCUCCUCUAACCAUUACAAAUACCCUGUCUCAUCCAAUCUGUCUUCUGCUCAGUCUGUCACUAAUACCUCUGCUGUGGGGAGGGGAUCUGGCUCGCAGUUUAAAGGCAAGAAACCUCCUGUGACUACUAAUGGGAUCACCGGAAAAGCAAGAACCUUAAAUAGCCAGCCGAAGAAAUCUGAAACAGUUUCCAGUGUGAAGCGCACUGCAUCCAAUGCAGAGCAGUACAAAUAUGGCAAGAAUCGUGUGGAGGCAGAUGCAAAGAGAUUACAAAGCAAAGAGGAGGAGCUGCUAAAGAAAAAAGAAGCCCUCCGGAAUAGGCUGGCCCAGCUCCGGAAAGAAAGAAAAGAUCUGCGUGCUGCCAUUGAAGUCAAUGCUGGCAGGAAGACCCAAGUGAUUCUUGAAGACAAGUUAAAGAAGCUGGAAGAGGAGUGCAAGCAGAAGGAGGCUGAGCGUGUAAACCUGGAGCUAGAACUGACUGAGGUGAAGGAGAGCCUUAAGAAAGCCUUGGCUGGUGGCAUCACACUGGGCUUGGCUAUUGAGCCCAAAUCAGGAACAUCAAGUCCACAGUCUCCAAUUUUCAAGCACCGAACUUUGGAGAACUCUCCAAUCUCCAGCUGUGACACCAGUGAUACUGAAUGCUCCAUCCCUGUGAACAGCGCAGCAGCUCUGAAGCGACCUCCCUCAUCAAACAAUUCUCCAUGUCGAGGCCAUGUCCUUCGAAAAGCAAAGUUGAGAGUGAGCCCAGGCCUUGUAGAUGUGGCUCAGGAGAGGGCGUCACAAGAAUGGGAGAUGAAAAAUGGAACAUAAACAUAGCAAAGCCACUCACUUUCCAUAAAGGCCUUACCUACUACAGACCAAGACAUAGGCUGCAAAGGACUCACCUGAAAGGUCACAUCAAGUGAUAAAACAUAAGAAGUUUUAUAACUCUGUUAAGUUAAUGGUAGCUUGGCGCUAAUUUGCCUGUAUUCCCUCUACUGUAUUGCUGUGUAACUACGUGUGCCCCUUUUUAUUAGCUGUAACUCCUUGUUUCCAACUUCACUGGUAAAGAAAAUGAAAACCAAACAAACCCAACCACAGGAAUUAAAAAGGAGCAUAAAGUCACAGUUGAAAGUUUGCUUUGCUGAGCCAGCAAAGAACCAGCAGUGUUAAUUACAGUGCAUCAGACGGCCAGAACACUGCUGAAGACUGGUGUGAAAUCUUGACUCUCACAGGUUAAAACUGCCUUCUGGACUGUGCCACAGGGCAGGUGUAACUCCUCAGCAGAGGCUUUGCUGGUGCUGCUCACAUGGCAAAACCAAACUGAAGAGAUGUGCUCGCAGAAGCAGCAGUGCCUGCUCGGCCCAGGAGCUCUGCACGCCCGCCGGGGCAUGACAACAACCACUGGUGAAGCGUUUUUGGGAUACUUUUUAGACAGAUGCUUUUGUCAUGGGGAGAUGAAAAGCUGCCAAACUUCAAGACAGAUGCGUUUUUCUGUGUUCUCUUUAUUGCUGUUCUAAAGCACCGGUCAUUUUCAAAGGUCAUGUUCUUGAACUAUGACUUGUUCCUGAUUUUUUUAAAAGGCAAACAGGUAUUUUUAGAUACUGCUUCUUUUCUAUACAUUUUGAAGAAGUAAAAGGAAACAAUUAAAAUUAGUCCUCAACAGAUAAUGGCAACUCAGAAUAACUUAUGCAGUCAAUCUUUUUUUGUUUUUUAUAAUGUAGUAUUGUUAAACUUGAGAUAUAGAACACUGCUGUACUUAGUUUCCUUUGUCUUUUCAGACCUCAGCUAUUAUUUUUGAGGAAGAUGGACUGAAAAGGUGAUAAUUUUCAGACUCUUUGAUAAACAGUUUAACAAAUAAUUGGUGAUUUUCUCAAACAGGACUCCAUUUCUGUUUACUAGAAAACAUCAUCUUGCAUUUUAGCCCGUAAAAUUAUAAAAAUCUGUUUUCUUUGUCUCUCUCCAUCCAUGUAAUUCCCAAGAAAUUACAUGCAGUAAAUUGCCACUGAAGCCCUUAAAAAUCUCAAGAUUGGUUUUAAAAAAUCAGAAGGGGGUUAGGGGAAGAAUGUAUAAUAAGAUGGCUUCUUUUAAGUUCUUUCUCUUUUGCUUUUUUUUAGGCCUUUGGAGAGCUUUCAAUCAUACUCUCAAGAUUUUUUUUCCUCCUCAACUGUGAGGAGUAGAAAAUUAAUUUUAAAAAUUACCUCAAAAUAUGAGUAGUAUUUUAAUCACAGAUGUUAGGGCUGGAGUCUUAAUAAUUAGUUAAGACUGCAGUUAAAAUCACAGAAGUUGUAAAGACAGCAGUCAUCAAGGAUCCCUUUAGGACAAAGCCUGCAGAUUAUCUCUUACCUUUAGGAAUGGGUGUGUGCAACUCCUGGGGGAUCCACUGGGAUUCUCAGCUGAGCUGGAUGCCAGAGGACUUCCUGCAGGAGCUUGUGGGAUUUGAAGGCACAGAGCUGUCAAAAGCUCCUGGCAGGAGACAGGGCUGUGUCCUGUUCCCAAAUGCAUUUAGGGCCAGGGAUCCCCCUGACCUUGGCAGUGUAGAAAUGAGGCCCAGCAUGAGAAAAGGCUCUUUGCUUCUUGUGACUGUACUUAGUGCAAAGUGCCACAGGAAUGCAGAUACAGUAGGAAAGCAAGUGUCAGUGUGGUUUUCAUUGAAAACACAAUUUUUUAAUUUUCGUUUAGGUCACUUAUUAUUAACUCUCUAACUAGAGGGCACAUUCUGUACUGUAUGACUAUGGACUAAACAGCAUCAAAUGCCCAUAAAUAAUAGCAGAAACAAAUUUGAAGCAAAAGUAAGUUCAUUUAGGCUUUUUAUUUCAAAUUAAGUUAUUUAUUUGUAUAUUUCAAUAAAUAUUUAAUUUAUAUCUGUACAUAUUUAUAAUGCAAAUUAGGCUUCUAGUCAACGUUAGCAAUGAUGUAACAGUUGCCAUUAAGAAGUGGUCCCACAUGAAAUAAUGCAGAGUAGUCAAAAGCCAGAUCAAUUCUCUUGUUUACCCAAUAUUGGCAUUGUCUCUUUCCACCCCCUUAUCCCAUGGUAAAAAAAAAAAAAAAAAGUAAAAAAGAAGAAGAAAAAUUCCUUGGCAAGGACAGGUUUUAAUCUCUGACUGAGGUAGAAGAGUGUAAAUCUCUGCCCAGGCAAACAGAGUGUGUGGUGCAGCCUUCCUUCAGAUAUGCUGUAGGUGCAGGUCUCCCUCUGCACCUCCAGUACACAGGGCCCCCCAUAGUGCACACAGGGCCCCCAUAGUGCACACUGGGCCCCCAUAGUGCACACAGGACCCCCAUAGUGCACACUGGGCCCCCAUAGUGCACACAGGACCCCCAUAGUGCACACAGGGCCCCCCAUAGUGCACACAGGGCCCCCAUAGUGCACACAGGGCCCCCAUAGUGCACCCAGGACCCCCAUAGUGCACACAGGGCCCCCAUAGUGCACACAGGCCCCCCAUAGUGCACACAGGGCCCCCAUAGUGCACACUGGGCCCCCCCAUAGUGCACACUGGGCCCCCAUAGUGCACACAGGACCCCCAUAGUGCACACAGGGCCCCCAUAGUGCCUGCUGCACAGGGGCUGCCACCUGUACUGAGCAUCUCCCACUCCUCCAGCAAAGGCUGCACGAAGCCACCACUGCUUUAGUCUGUUCUAUACAACAGCCAAGGUUUUGAAAGGAGGAAACCAAAAAGCUUGGGAAAUAACCUCUCUAUAGACCACUCUCAGUGCUGUGAAAUGUACUCUGUUGCCUUGAAUAGCACUAUUGCUGCACAAUUUUUUAUAAAGAGCGACAGAGCUUGUAUUUUCACUGUUUUUAGAUUUCAGGUUCACCAGGCUAACUCAGCCCAUAGAGCAGUAUGACUUCUGUUUCAAAGGAAAACUUUUGUAUUUUUAACCAUUUCUAUGUCUUCUAUGAAAAUGUUACACUUAUGCUUCCUCACCAAAUGCCUGUUACUGUACCAGGUGCUUUUUAAAAUUUUGUUUGUUUGUUUGUUUUUUAAUGGGUGAUGCUUUUGUUUUUAAAAAACCCCAGCUCACAACUUUGGGGGAUGAAGGUGUUUUUUUAAUGAGAUGAUCGUGGCAAUUUGAUUUUUUAAAUUGAGAAUAUUAAUUUAGUAUCAAAUUUUGUUAGACACUUUCAAAUUAAUUGGCCCAGGGUGUAUGGUGUAUGAUACUGUUCUCAUAUUAAGAAUGUAAUUAUUUCCUUACUGUAUUUUUUAAAAAACAAAAUCAUAUUUAAAAAAAAAAAAUCUCUGUGAAAAGCAUGAUAGAAACAUGAAAAAAAAGGUUUUGUUUUAUUUUUGUUAUUGGAUAUGUUGGCAGUGCCCAUUGUAAUUGAUUGUAAAUAUAGCCUUUCUACUGUAUUUCUCAGUGUAUUUAAGUUUUUUUGACACACAUUCAUGGACAUUUCUGUUAAAAAAAAAAACAAAACAAAACAAAAGUCCAAAAUAGACCCACCUUCAAAUGUGUGUCUUAGUAGCUUCAAUUAACUUUAUGCCUUUCUAGUUUAUUCUUCAGAAAGUCUUGCAAAGUGUGAAAAAAGACUGGCACCUGGUAGGUGCGACAGAUCCGAGACCAUUAUUAAUAAAUUUACCUGU